UGAUCAGGUGGCCUAUUCAUCUUUGUGUUUGUCUAAAUGUCAUCUCAGCCUCUUUUGAUUACAUGUAUGAUGACAACUCUUUCGUUGACCCAGUACAUGUGCUCAAUGUGAGCAUACCUCUACAAGACCCACAGCGGCCACUACUUGGGGGCACAUUAGUACUUCCAUGCUACUUUGAGGACCACACUCUUCCAGACCCAGGAGCACGCAACAUCGCUCCUCUUUCUCAUCGGAUCAAAUGGAGCCUCAUUACCAAAGACAAGGUCUCAACUAUUUUAGUUGCCUUGGAGGGAGAAGUAGGCAUCAGCGAAAGUUACCUGGACAGGGUUCAUCUGGUCGGCUACCCUUUGACCCCGACAGAUGCAAGUAUCAAGAUAUCUGAGCUCAGGUCCAGUGAAUCUGGAGUCUACCGAUGCGAGGUUCAACAUGGUAUUGAGAACAAUCAUGUGGAUGUACAUGUGAAGGUUCAAGGUAUUGUUUUCCACUACCGGCCUAUUAUUGGUCGCUAUAUGAUGACCUUUGAAAAGGCGAAAGAUGCGUGCACUCAGAAUAGUGCAGUCAUGGCUUCACCUGAACAACUCCAAGCAGCUUUUGAUGAUGGCUACCACCAGUGUGAUGCUGGCUGGCUUUCUGAUCAGACAGUGAGGUACCCAAUUCAUGAUCCUCGUGUCAACUGUUAUGGCGACAAAGAAAAUGCACCCGGGGUACGGACAUAUGGAGUGAGACAGCUCAAUGAGACUUAUGACGUGUACUGCUUUGCUGAGAAAAUGACAGGCAGAGUUUUCCACACUACAUCAACAGUAAAGUUCACUUUCUCUGAGGCUGUGCUGGCGUGUUCCACAAAGGGAGCCAAACUGGCCACUACAGGUCAGCUGUACUUGGCCUGGCAAGGUGGGAUGGAUGUCUGCAAUGCUGGGUGGCUUGGUGACAGAAGCGUACGCUACCCCAUUAACAUCCGGCGGCCGCAGUGUGGAGGGGGUCUUCUGGGGGUGCAAAUUGUUUACCUCCACAUAAAUCAGACAGGAUAUCCUCUUCUUGAGACUCACUAUGAUGCCUUCUGCUACACAGAAUUCCCUGAUGAUGAAGGUUCUGGCAUAAUAGUGGAAGGAAGCAGUGUAUUGAGUGUUACCCCAGUGACGGAGAGCCAAGAGAUUUUCUUUGGGAAGGAAGCAACCGAGAGUGUGGUAGCUGGUGAGGUGGAGACCCAACAACCGACCAUCGUCGACUUCACCUAUACACUGAGUCCCACUGAACUACCGCUGCCUCAGCCUCCUAACGUCACAGACGUUUCCACAGAAAUAACAGAGCAGGUCACUUUGCAGUCCAACUUAGACAGGGAGCCAGGCAAAGUGGUCGUGAUACCUCCAACUGGUGUGGUCUUUCAUUACCGCUCACGGUCCGGCCGCUAUGCCUUCACCUUUACUGAUGCUCAGUUGGCCUGUCAGAGUGUUGGUGCAUCCAUUGCUACCCCUGAGCAGCUUCAGGCGGCAUAUGAAACUGGCUAUCACCAGUGUGAUGCAGGAUGGCUGAUGGACCAGACAGUCAGGUACCCCAUUGUUGCACCUUGGCAAAAGUGUGCUGGAGAUUUAGGAGAUCAACCUGGUGUUCGGUCCUAUGGUCUCAGGCCAGCAGAUGAACAGUAUGAUGCUUACUGCUACAUUGAUGGACUUAAAGGUCAUGUUUUCCAUCUGGGUUCUGAUGAUGGUUUCACUUAUGAUGAGGCGGCUACUCGCUGUGUAGAGCGGAAUGCCACCCUGGCCUCCACAGGAGAGCUUCACGCAGCCUGGAAACAGGGUUUUGACAACUGCCGUGCCGGCUGGCUCAGCGAUCAAAGUGUCCGUUAUCCCAUCAGUAACCCUCGUGCUGAGUGUGGAGCAGGAAUGUCAGGAGUACACACUUUUUACACCCCUCCCAACCAUAGUGGCCCUGAUAUUCAUGACAGAUUUGAUGCAUAUUGUUUCAGAGCUGACAUUUUAUUAAUUGCAAAUGAAACUGGAAUGAACAUCACAGAUAUCCAGGGCGUCCUUCUCAACAUUGCAUCCAUCACAGAAAUAGUGAGAUUUGUGGUUACACCAAUUGUAACGCCCAUACCUGUGGAAUCUUCAGGAUCUGAUUCAGGUUCAACAAAUUUUGGAUUAGGGUCUUUUACUGACGUCUCAGGAGACCUGUCUGGGUCUGGUGAACUGGUUAUCUCUGGAGACAUGUCUGGAUCUGGAGUCCAGCUGACCUCUGUAGCUCUGUCUGUAUCAGGCGAGAGGGGCAUUUCCGGAGACCUGUCUGGCUCUGGGCACACACUUAUAUCUGGGGAUGUGUCAGCCUUUGGAAGCAUGGCUGGUUCUGGAAACCACGGUACCUCUGGAGACCUGUCUGGCUUUGGGACCUUGUCUGGUUCUGGAGACAAGCUUAUCUCCAAAGAAUUGUCUCUUUCUGGGCAUAUGUCUGGCUUGAAAGAUCAGUUUAUGUCUGGAGACCUGUCCGGGUCUGGAGACACAGUGGGCAGUAUUAAUGCUGACCUGCCCUAUGGCACAUCAAGUGUUACCAGUGCUGAUUCUUCUGAGUCAGGGAUCAGUGGAGAACAAUUAAUCACUGCUGUUUUGCUUUCUAACAGUAACACCAUUCUAUCAGGAGAAGAUAGCAUUUUGGAGGGUUUCCAAAAUGCAGAAGAGGCAGGCACAGAAAUGUUUAUAAAUAUUAAUUCUUCAGAAAUAGGUUCAGAUACACUGAGUGAUAGUGGAGACCUUUCUGGAUCUGGGGCUGACCCUAGUUUCAGCUCUGCAGAGAGUGUUUUUUCCAUGGAAUUUUCAGUGGAAAGUGGUCAGUUCUCUGGCAUGUCCAGAGAGGCCAAUGGUGAUCCUAUGUCAGGAAUUAACGCCUUGGAGCUCCUAUCUGGGUCUGGAAUGUCUGGAGAAGGUGACAGUCUAACAUUCUCGAAUAAGGAUGUAAUGAUAGGAGUUUCUAGAAACCUUACGGUGUCUGAGGAGAUUCGACAAGGGACAGUGGAGUUCAGUGGGGAAGAAAUCAACAGCAGUGACAGUGGCUUCCACACUGAGAAUAGAGAUGUAAACAUGUCACUUCCUUCAGAAACUCAGUCUAGAGAGCUAUCACAGGUUACGCCAUCGGCAUCCACUGAGAGAGCAUUAAUACAGACUGCCACACGGACUGAAGUUCCAAAGAGCCUAUCUCGAGCUCUUGCCUCCAAGCUUGCCCCAGCUCGACUGUCUGCUCUUCCCAAUGCUGUUCCACCUCUUAAUGGAAGUAAUGAGGAUGCUGAACACAUUCAGGGUGACCCUGAUCUAUGUAAACCACAUCCCUGCGGUGCUGCCUUGUGCACUAUCGAAAAGGGGUUUGCCAUCUGCCGUGCGUUAGAUGUUUGCCACUCCAACCCAUGUGCCAAUGGAGCCACCUGUGUGGAGAAUGCUGACUCUUACAAAUGCUUAUGCCUGCCAAGCUACGGAGGGGAGCGCUGUGAGAUCGAUGAGCAGCAGUGUGAAGAAGGUUGGAUUAAAUUUCAGGGGAACUGCUACCUGCACUUCAGUGUUCGAGAGAUGUGGCUGGAUGCCGAGCAACGCUGCAGGGACCUGAAUGCACAUCUGGUCAGCAUCAUAACACCAGAGGAGCAACACUUUGUCAAUUCAAAUGCACAAGGUUAUCAGUGGAUUGGACUAAAUGACAAGACAAUAGAAAAUGACUUCCGCUGGACAGAUGGAAUUCCACUGCAAUAUGAAAACUGGAAACCAAAUCAGCCAGAUAAUUACGUUAACUCAGGAGAAGACUGUGUGGUGAUGAUCUGGCAUGACAAGGGCCAGUGGAACGAUGUGCCUUGCAACUACCAUCUACCAUUUACCUGCAAAAAAGGCCCAAUGGCUUGUGGUGCCCCUCCAGAGGUGGAGAAUGCUCAUAUGUUUGGUAACAGGAGGGAGGAAUACCCCAUCAACUCAAUCAUCCGGUACCAGUGCAACCCAGGGUUUAAACAGCGCCACGCACCAGUGGUUCGCUGUAAAGCAGAUGGGCAGUGGGAGAAACCCCAGAUGGAGUGUAGUGAUAUGAAAGCAAGACAAAGAAUACACAAGAGGGGCAACAACAUUCCAGUUGAAUCAACCGCCACAGGGAACUUUCAUUUGUAAAGAAAAGCAGACAAACAUUUAAAAGAGUAUUUACAGCACUCAAAAAUCUUUUUUUAAUAUAUUUUGAUUAUGUAUGUCAUAUUUUAUUGACCUCUGGUUUCAUUAAUUGUAAUAUAUUUCUGUUGAAAUCCUCACUGAGAUUUUUGUUAAUGAGUAAGAUUUAAAGAUGUUUUUGUACCACAGAUCCAUCCUUUCGCAAAUAGUCGUCCCUUACCAAAGGCAGUUAUGUAAGUCUUGAUUGGGAGAUUUGAAUAAACUGUGAUUAAAAGUGGUUACAGUUGUUAGGCACUGUAAUUCAAAGUACAA